UCUCCUUGCUUCGGAACUGUUAAUCCAAAGGCUGGAGCCUGGAGACCUAAGCCUUCUUGCUCUCUUCGACGCAUGCGAUGCGCGAUGCGACUCGGAUGGCCUGCGCGGGUGCUCCUCUCGCGGUUCCUGUCCACGUCGCCGCCGAAGCUGAAGAACCUGCGUUACUACUACCGAGCGCGCGCCCUGGCGGAGGCGCAGAGAUUUCUCACCGACUACCUCCACUGCACGCGCUCCCUCCCCUUUUCUCACGCCGAAUCCAUCGCUUACAACUCCCCCUUCACACUCUCCGACCUCGUUUCCCAGUUCCGCUUCCCCCCCGAUGCCGUCGCCGCCGACGUUAAGGUCGCCCUCCAUCGCUUCCUCUCCUACCGACCCAUCAACGAGUUUGAAUUCUUCUUCGAGAGCAUCGGCCUCCCGCCGUCCUCCUCACCCGCAGGUGCCUCCUACCGCGGCAUCUUUCUUUCCGACGAACCGCGUCUCCUGGCUUCCGUAUCCGCCCUCGUCCACUUCGGCUUCCCCUGGACCAAGCUCGGCCUCCUCUACCGCGAGGAGCCCUCCAUCUUCUCAUCCGGCCCCGACUGCCUCAUCGCCAGGCUGCGAGCCCUUGAGGCCCGUGGCUUCCGCCGGGUCUGCGUCAUUGGCAUCUGCCUUGCGUUCCCCUCCGCGCUGAGUGCAGAUGCGGAGCCAGGAGGGGAAAUCGAUCUCUUGUUCCGGGAUCUGAGGACGGUCUUCGUGGACUUUAGGUUAGCUGGGUGCGUGACUGAGAACGAUGUGGAUGUCUUCCUCCAGGUUUCUAGGAGGAUUCGGCUGUUCUAUGAUCUCGGUUCCAGGAAGGGGACAAUGGGCGAGCUGAUGGGCAGGAACGGGGAGAUAUUUAUCACAGUGGAUGAGGCAGUAAUCGCUGAAAAGUUUAAGUACCUCACCAAGUUAGGCAUGGAGGAGGAGAAGGUUGGUCCUUUUAUUCUUGGAUGCCCUGAUUUGUUGGGUUUUGAUUUGGAAAACCCUAGCGUUGCGAUGCCAGAGUAUCUGAAUCAUGUUGGAUUAGAUAAAAACGAAGUGACUUCACUGUCACAGAGGUAUCCGCAUGUCAUGGGCAAGAAUAAAUUGGGGAAUUUGCCAGGAAUGAUGCGAGCCAUGGACCUGCACAGCUGGUUUCUAAGUAGGAUUUUGGAUGGGAAUUAUCAUUACCUCUCAUCUUCUUUUGUUUCUGCUGCUCCCCAUGAUACAGCAAUUGAGAGUGGAUUUCUGCAAGGUUUGGAUAGGGUAAAAUGCCUGAAGAAGGAAAAGUCUGUGAAUAACAAACUAGAAUUCUUGCUUGGUAUAGGAUUUGGGGAGAACAAGAUCACUGUCAGAACGCUGUCACUGAUCAAUACCUCGAGAGUCCAAUUGCAGGUGCGCUUUGAUCACCUUCUCGAGACGGGUAUCGAGUACUCCAUGCUGUGUAGGAUGAUAAGUGGGACUCCAAAGUUACUUAAUCAGCGCAAAGAAAUGCUCCAUGAGAAGUUGGAACAAAUGAUCAAUGACAUCAGUUCCCUGCACUGAACUCAGAACUUCACCAGCAACGGAUGGUGGCAUCCUCUCCAUACUGAAAGAUCUGCGUUUUGGUAUUUCUCAAUGAUGAAAACAUGUUCAUGCAGGUCUUACUGGUUGUAGUUGGUGGGCAGUGAUGUGAUUUGCUCUGAUAUAGAGUAGGUGAUGAUGAUCUUUAAACUGUUGUGAAAUCAUUUGAAUUGAGGAUGAUGUAUUCCAGUUUUUACCAAGAACACACUGGUAACUUCUUUUACCUCUA